ACUUUCGUGUGGUUUGCUGGUUUUCUCCGGAACCAAACCAACAACCAAAGAAAAUACCAUAAAUAAAUAAAAUAAAAUAAAGAAGGAAAAGCGAAUUCUGUCUUUCUCUCUUCUCUACUGAAUCUUCUCCAAUCCCGUCACUGGAAAAAUCAGACAGCAAACCCCCCAAUCUUUAUAAAGAAGAAAAUAAGGUAAGGCUUUCUCUGUCUCUAUCUGACACUACAACAACAAGCAAAGUAUCUUACAUAUUGACGCCCCUGUCCUUAUUUUUUUCAUUAUCGGACAGAAACCCAAGCAAUACUUGGCAGCCCACCAUGACUGCCAACACUACUGAUCCGAGUUAUUGGUUGAACUGGAGGUUCUUCCUGUGUGCAUUAUUUCUCUUGAUUUCCAUGAUUUUUGCAUCGAUAUUAAUAUGGAAAUAUGAAACAUUUCACAAAAGAAAGCCUGAGAGGAGAGAGAAUGACCGAGAAACAGUGGAACCUUUCCAUGAGGAUGAAGCGUGGAAGAUAUGUCUUAAAGGAAUCCAUCCUGCUUGGCUGCUUGCUUAUAGAAUCAUUUGUUUGAUUGUGCUUUUCUCAUUGAUUACUGCCAACGUUAUUGAAGAUGGAGGUGGCAUAUUCUACUUCUAUACUCAGUGGACUUUUGCGUUGGUCACAAUCUAUUUUGCACUUGCAUCUACACUUUCCAUUUAUGGAUGUUGUAAAUAUGGCAAUAGAGAUAGCCAGGAUGCAAUUGAUCAUUUUGGAUUAGACACUGAACGAGGCACUUAUGUAGCUCCUACAUUUGAGGGGAGUACAGAUACAUCAAAUAUGCGCAAGAAUUUGGAUGCCUAUGAAGAACAUCAAAAUCAGGAAACUGCAGGUGUGUGGGGUUAUGCCCUCCAGAUCAUAUUUCAGAUGUGUGCAGGUGCAGUAAUGCUCACUGAUUCUGUAUUCUGGACCAUUAUUUAUCCAUUUUUGACCGCCAAAGACUAUGAGCUGAAUUUUAUGAUUGCUUCUAUGCAUUCCAUCAAUGCUGUUUUCCUUCUUGGUGACACACUUUUGAAUUGCUUGCGAUUUCCAUUGUUUCGGAUUGCGUAUUUUGUAUUGUGGACGGGAGUAUUUGUGAUUUUCCAGUGGAUCAUCCACGUUUGUGUCAAUAUGUGGUGGCCCUAUCCAUUUCUUGACUUAUCUUCCCAAUAUGCUCCGUUAUGGUACCUUGGAGUUGGAUUGAUGCACAUCCCAUGCUAUGGCAUUUUUGCUUUAAUUGUUAGGAUUAAACACAUGGUGUUGUCAACAACAUUCCCAGAUUCUUAUCAGAGUAUGAGGUGAAGAAGCAGAACAGAAAGGGGACUUCAAUAAGAUAAUUGUAUCAACAUGGUUAGCAGUAGCACCGCCCUUGCAAUGCCCUUUACAUGUGAAGAUUAGAAUUCUUCGUUUUUUUCCCCUUUUCUUUUCAUUCAUGGCCUAGAUGAGAAAACUAGGCUAAAAAAGGAGACAAAAUUCUUCGAAUUAUGCAGUGCAGAGAGAUACACAUAUAAAUACUUUAAUUAGAUUUGAUUGUAAAUUGUAAGCCAUAUGAUAGAUUCAAUAUCUGUACCAAUUUUUUGAAAAAGGAAGAGUCUAAAUCGCAUGUAGACAGUAUCCUUGGUGGCUUCAUGCAUAUAUUUGCUAGAGUAUUGGGACAA